CAACCUUUUAUAAAGUCCCAAACAACAUUUGUACAUUUAUAUUUCCCAAAACACUAAAACAAAUCCAUCAUUUGUACCACCUCCGAUUAAAUUCUAAACUCCGAUAACAACCAUCAUGGAGGACACAAAUAAACCCCAUAAAGUCCAUGUUCUUGUGCUACCAUAUCCGGCCCAAGGCCACAUUAACCCAAUGCUUCAAUUCUCGAAACGUUUGGCCUCCAAAGGCAUCAAGCCCACAUUAGUCCCAACCAUCUACAUUUCCAAAUCCAUGUCAACCACCACCAUCACUACGGCCCAAAAUGGCCAAACAAUACAAGUACAACCUAUUUCCGAUGGCUACGACGAUGGUGGUAUAACCAAGCUAAGACUACCGCGGCCUACUUGGAUAGCCUUCGGACCAACAGUUCAAAAUCGUUGGCCCAACUUAUUAAGAAGUUAAAUGAGGAAGGGGACCCAGUUAAGGCAAUUAUAUUAAUUGUUUAUGGCUAGACUCUAGUUUAGCCAUUUAUCCCUACACCCCCCCUAAACGACGCCGUACCACUACCCCCACACAUUCCAAUAACUUCCCUCUAAAACUGCCAGUAACUUCCCACUACCCCACCCAUAUAUAUAUAUAAUUAAAAAAAAAAACUUUUCAAAUAAUCACAUUUUUCUUUCUUAUCCUCUUUCUCCAAUUUCUCACUCAACCUCCAUUUUCUCUCUCUACUCCAUUUUCGUACAUGCAAUUAGCAAGUAAAAUUGUCUAAAAUGUCCGACAUAAGAGACGAAAUUGCACAAUCUCGACAAAUUUCAACAACAACAAACCAAAAAUCUAAUGAGAAAAAAAUUCAAAAUACUGGAGUUCCAGAACAAUCAAAUGAACAAGAGAAGGAAACUUCAAAAAUAGAUGAUGCAUCAACAAAUCAAGGAAAAAAAAACAACUGAAGAGGAAGCAAAAACUGAUCACCUACAACAAGAAAAGGCUGGAUCAGAAUUAGUGAAUACAGGAAAUCAAUCACCUAAGAAAGACAGAAGAGAGGUUGAACAACUACAACCAAAAAAGGAUGCAGCAGGAAAUCAAUCAACUGAAGAUGAGCCUCCAAAAGAGGCUACAACAAAGGAUCAGCCUACACAACAAGUGAAGGCUAUAGCAGAGGAUGAGCCUCCAGCAGAGGAAGAGCCUCCAAAAGAGGAUGAGCCUCCAGCAGCAGUUGAAGAAACACAUUCAUACAUAAUGCAAAAGUAUGAACAUAUAUAACUUAUUAAAUGUUUCUAUUCCACAUUUACAAUAUUAUUGAUCAUAAAUUAUCUGUUGCCAGGAAAAAAUUAAAAGUGUCAACUCAAGGAAUACUAAAAAAACUGACAAAAAACUGGAAAACUGCUCCUGUUAGCAAGGUCAUUGCUGCUAAAAAG